UCAUUCGUUCCCUCCUACUCGACCUUGGCACCCAUACACGCUGUAUUUUCGUUUCUACUCCACGACUGAUGACCUCCGUCGCCCAGAGGAGACGACUCGGAAAGCUAUAAGAGAGGGAUUAAACCAGCAGGUAUUCUCAAGCCCUCACAACUGUAGAGCUUAUUCGAUCUCACUUCACAAUGUUCGCUCGUAUCUCUAUCUCAGCUCUUCUGGCUCUACCUCUCCUUGCCGGAGCUGGUGUGAUCCCUGUCGUCCUUCCCCGUGAUGAUAUUGCCAGCAGACAACUCUCCUGCCCUGACCCUGCCCCAUAUCCUCUUCCCCAUGUUGAAGAAGAAUCCAACAAACGUACUGUUGUUACGGGCAGACAGGUUGUCACGAUCUCCCCGGUCCUCUCCCCAGUCCUUCGCCGUGAAGAAUCGUAUGGCGGUGCUGUUAUUACAGGCAGGCAGGCUCUUCCUGCUCCUCCCGCCCUUCCAGCACCGCCAGCACCGCCAGCACCUCCUGCUCUGCCAGCACCAGUAGCGCCUCCUGCUCUUCCGGCACCAGCGGCACCUGUAGCGCCUCCCGCUCUUCCGGCACCGCCAGCACCAGCAGCGCCUGCAGCGCCUCCUGCUCUUCCAGCACCAGCAGCACCAGCAGCACCUCCCGCUCUUCCAGCACCGGCAGCGCCUGCAGCGCCUGUAGCACCUCCUGCCCUUCCAGCACCUGCCGCACCUGUGGUGCCUCCCGCCCUUCCAGCACUGCCAGCGCCUGCCGCACCUCCCGCCCCACCCGCACCUCCGGCGAUUCCAGCGAUUCCCGCCCUUACAGGCAGGCAGGUCACGAUCUCUCCAGUCCUUCCCACCCUUCCGACCGGCGACGAAGCAAGUGUUAUUGAAGGUAGACAGGUCAUUACAGGCUCCCCAGUUAUCUCCCCAGUCCUUCCUCGUGGACAGUGAUUUCGUUAGUAACACCGUCUUUCAAGUUAAUUAUAAGCUCACGUUUUCUUCACACAGGCUGCGCUACGGCCUCUCAAGGGAGUAGGAAAGUUUUCGUGAAUCAGAACAAAGCGUCUUGGUGAUCUUGUAAAGUGCAUUCGUUUGUUAGAUACAUAAACAGUCGGAGAAAAGAAUAUUGCUGGAAAGCAGCAAACGUGCCAAUAACUAUAACCUUUCGAGUUUUCCCGUCAUUCGGAGCUUCCUGGGAAGCAUCAUAGAUCCUGAAUCAUAGUUCUCCUUGUUGAAUUAUCGAAUGGGUGUUUCAAGUAAACCGUGGCGAGUUUUCGAAGGCUUGGCCAUCGAUCCAUCCGUCAGAAGGAAGUUUGUCGUCGGAUAAAUAUUGAACACG